CAGUCUACAUGAAGCUACCUUUCAGGUUGGCUGCUUUUCAAUACUGUCAGCUAAGUAAAAGUGAAAAGUAAACUAUUAAUUAAUAAACAGAAACACGAAAACAGUUCAUUACCAUUGAUAAUGGUUAAAGAGACGAGUGACAUUAAGAUGUGGGCAGCUUUAACAGCUCAAGUUAGUGUGGCCUACUCGAUAAUCUGCAUUGGACUCGAAAUCAUCGCUGCGGCGGAUCUUUUCACAAUGGGAAUGUUGGUGAUAUGGUUUAUACUCUACCUUAUAAAUAUAUGGAUAAACUUGGUCUUUUCGGGAAAAUGCAGCAAUUGGGGAAAGAGCGAUAUAAUAAUCUGGUUUGCUAUCACAUCAUUUAUAUUAAUCAUUCGACUCGCAUGCACCAACUACAGCCACUUGAGUAUUGGAGUCUGGGUAUUCACAAUUAUUGUAAAUAUUUACAUGCUAUUUGUUCUUUUUGUAAUAUUCUCAUUGGGUAAAAAAAUGGAUAAUCCAACUACAGACAUUAGAAGCAGUUUAACUUCUGACCCAGAUAAUAAUAUAAUAAUAAGUGCGACGGCGGUUGAAACUAAUAUUGAAGAUCUGUCAGAUAAUCUUCGUUCCGCUAUACGCUCUUAUCACUCCAACUUACACAAUGAUUCUCCCAGUGGUGGUGUAAUUGGUUCAAGUUGUAGUAACAUAAAUUGUGAUUCCCAGAUUGUUUUUGUUACACCUCCAACUUUGGAUAACUUAAACGACGAGUCCCAGAAUGAUUUAGCAAUAGCACCAAGUUAUGGCGUAUUAAACACUGAUUCUCAGAAUUUGGACAGAUCAGGUGAUAUUAACAAUAUUUUUAAUGCAAGUGAUCCUCCUCCAAGCUACGAUGACGUUAUGAAUCGUAAGAAUGAAAAGGAAAAAAAUAAAAUUAUCUUAUAUAUUGUUGAUAUCAUAACUGCCAAAGCCCAUAUCAUGACGACUUACACAAUGGUGGUCGUGUUCUAA